AUUGAAGUGGUACGAUACUUACCAGUUUCCGGUCACGCCCCAAUACCAGGAGGCGACCCAGCGUUCAAUUGGAGACAGAUCGGCCUGGGAUGUAACAUAAUCUGUUUUGUGGAUCCAGUUAAUUUAUAGUAAAUUUAUAGCUGUAUAGUACGCAUCUAUGAGAUAAGAGUACACAGAUCCUAAAACGGUGACAGAGUAAAGGGCAAACAAAGGCCGUGCGUGUCUACUCUCGAGGAAAAUGGACAUACACAAUGCUGCUAGUGCUGGUGAUUUAAGUGGUUUACAAUAUGCCGUCAGGAGGGGAGAUGAUGUCAACAGUGUGGAUGAAAUUGGGAACACUCCACUCUUGUUGGCAGCCAGUGGAGGUCACACUGACUGUGUUACAGAGCUGCUCUCCUCAGGAGCCGUGGUGGACCUGGCUGACAAGAAUGGGCGUACUCCACUCUAUUGGGCAGCCUGGGGAGGUCACACUGACUGUGUUAGAGAGCUGCUCUCCUCAGGCGCCGUGGUGGACUUGGCUAACAAGGAUGGGUACACUCCACUCUUGUUGGCAGCCAUGGGAGGUCACACUGAUUGUGUUAGAGAGCUGCUCUCCUCAGGAGCCGUGGUGGACCUGGCUAACAAGGAUGGGGACACUCCACUCAUACUGGCAGCCCUCUGGGGUCAGAAAGAUGCAGUAAAGGAGCUUCUCUCAUCAGGGGCUCCUGUUCUCUGCACUAAUAAUGAUGGAGACACUGCUCUGAUGAGAGCCAAGGAAUCACAUCACCCUAAUCCUUCAAUAAUAAAGUUGCUUGAGGAAGCUGCUGAAUCACAUUCACAGUCACGUGUACCAGUCCUUCCCAAGAACUGGACUGUUGUCACUGACACAGAAACGAAGAAGCCAGUCUACCAGAACAAGGCAGCAGGGGAAACCCUCUCCACACCACCUGGAUAUCCCCUGCACCAAACCUCUGCACACCCUGAUGUCACUUUCUAUGGCGUGCCUCAAGAGAAGGAGUUCACCUCCAGUGGUGGCCAUGCUGACUUUGAUAGUGGAGUGCAAGUGACUGUUUCAGCUAAUGCUGUCCCAUCAGGGACCUCUGUGAGCAUUAAGGUACAACCCAGUCUCGCCCCCAAGGAUGUGUUUGUGAUGCCUGAGGGCAUUCAGUCUGCCAGUCCGUCCUACUUGAUCUCUGGUGAAGGUCUAAACGGAGAGGUGACCCUGAGCAUGGAGCAUCAUGUACGAGUGUCCACCCAUCAAGAAGCUGAUGACCUCCUUUUUCUCCAAGCUGACUCGUCUCCCAAGAGAUCUGGUACAAAAAAUGUGUACGAGUACCAGGAGAUACAAGAGGCAAGGUCAGUGUUCACUCCUGGAGGGAAUACCGGGAGACUGACGCUGGGCACACGACUGAAGAAGUUCUUUAAAAUUGGCCAGAGGGGGAAAAAAGGCAAGACCGACAGUAAUCUCUACACUGUCAGAGUCUACCGGUCUCCUCCACACACAACUGGUGACAGGAUGGCUCUUGUCAUUGUCAGCUACUUUAACCGUCUGUUUCUUGAUUUCUUGCAGAGGUUUGAGGUUGACAUCAUUCCCCGAGAGUAUCCACACUUGUCAAGUAGCCCUGCUGAUAAGACAAUUAAACAACCUCUUUGCUUUGUCCAAGUUGAUGCAGUACUGGAGCUAGUCUGUGAUCCAGCCUGGAGGAGUGUGCCUGACCAGAGAAUGAUUUCCCAAGAAGAAGUGGACCUGCCAGUGAUUGGUAAGUUCUCGCCAGAGAAGCUUCAGUGCUACCCACCCAGGAUAGUGUGUCGGUUCUUCCCUGAGCAAGGAGCUGCCUCCUGCACCACAUGCACUCUCUCACUGUAUGGCUUUGACAAGCCAGUCAGUAUGGACAUGGCACUGCUCACUCCUCAGAGAUCAGUGGACACUAAACAACUCAAGGAAGCCACUGAAGUACUGAGGAGAACAGUUGGGGAGAUGACCACCUCACAGCUUGGCUCUACUGUGGAGACUGUACUGUCACUAAUGGAGAAAAUGACAACUGCGCUUCAGUCAUCUUCUCUGAGUGAGCUGACAGCCCACACUGACUCCAUACGGACAGAGAUAAAGGCUGUCCUUGUAGUGACCAGGAGGGUUGUCCAGGAGUGCACAGUACAGAGCAUCAGUGAGAACAUUGAAGCCAGUCUCUCUAAGAUGGAGACUUUAUCUCACCAGCUUUGUAAGGUUGCCAAGGUCAAACUCAGAUACUGUCAAGAAGACCAGUCAGAGGAGACAGCUGCUCUUGUUGACCUGGUGGAGAAUGGAGCUAAUCUGUUGAGAGCUGUGGACUGUCUACUCAGGGACAUCCACACGCUCAGUGGAGUCAGUGGUAACGCUGGCUACAGUGUGCUUAUGAGCUGCAGUGAGAAGAUAGUCCAGUCACUCUCUGAGGACCCGAAGGCCUUGGCCCUCCACUUCCUGUCAGCUGGGCUCAUCACUGUGUCCAUUCUUGAGAAAACCAACGAGUAUGUGAAUGAGACCAAGAGAGAGAAGGCCACCAGACUGUACACUGCCCUGCUGCGUGUGGUCAAACACCACCCCCACAAGUACCACGAGUUUGUCUCCACUCUCAGACUCAACCCACUACACACUGACUUGGUCACACAAUUAGAUAGCAAGUACAUGUAGUUUUUCUACACGUAACGUACAUGCAAAAUUAUAAUUGUGCAUACCAUCAUUCUUUUUUUGUACUUAAGAUUGAACAAAAAAUUCUUAUCUCAUAA